ACCCCGCAGACAGGAAGUUUAACACAUGCGUAGCUCUUAGCUUCUUGGUAGGAAGUUGAGCUCCUUCUGAAAACAUUUACAGUUACUUUCAAGUGUAAAUGCUCGCGAAUGGCAGCUCACAAAGAACUGUCCUGUGGCCAGCACACAGGCACACCCACCGCCCUCCAGAAACUGGAGGGGUUUGCUAGCCGACUAUUCCACAGGCACUCCAGAGGCACAGCACAUGAUCAGAGGGCAGUUCUGGAAGAGGACAGCCUUCGGGUCUCUGAGCACACUGCCUCAUGGGACAAAUCAAUGAAAGAAUUUCUAGCCAAAGCCAAAGAGGACUUUCUGAGGAAAUGGGAGAACCCUCCCCCGAGUAAUGCUGGGCUUGAGGAUUUUGAAAGGAAGAAAACCCUUGGAACGGGUUCCUUCGGAAGAGUCAUGCUGGUGAAACAUAAAGCCACCGAGCAGUACUAUGCCAUGAAGAUCUUAGACAAGCAGAAGGUCGUUAAGCUGAAGCAAAUCGAGCACACUUUGAAUGAGAAGAGAAUACUGCAGGCGGUGGAGUUUCCAUUUCUUGUUCGGCUGGAGUAUUCUUUUAAGGAUAAUUCUAAUUUAUACAUGGUUAUGGAAUAUGUUCCUGGGGGAGAAAUGUUUUCACAUCUAAGAAGAAUUGGAAGGUUCAGUGAACCUCAUGCCCGUUUCUAUGCAGCUCAGAUCGUGCUAACGUUUGAGUACCUCCAUUCCCUCGACCUCAUCUACAGAGAUCUCAAGCCGGAAAACCUCCUGAUUGACCACCAAGGUUACAUCCAGGUCACAGAUUUUGGGUUCGCCAAAAGAGUCAAAGGCAGGACUUGGACAUUGUGUGGCACCCCAGAGUACCUGGCCCCGGAGAUCAUCCUCAGCAAGGGUUACAAUAAGGCAGUGGACUGGUGGGCACUGGGCGUGCUGAUCUACGAGAUGGCCGCUGGCUACCCCCCAUUCUUUGCUGACCAGCCAAUUCAGAUUUAUGAGAAGAUUGUUUCUGGAAAGGUCCGGUUCCCGUCCCACUUCAGCUCUGAUCUCAAGGACCUUCUGCGGAACCUGCUGCAGGUGGACCUGACAAAGCGAUUCGGCAACCUGAAGAACGGCGUGAGUGACAUAAAGACCCACAAGUGGUUUGCCACGACUGACUGGAUUGCUAUUUACCAGAGAAAGGUUGAGGCUCCAUUCAUACCAAAGUUCAGAGGCUCUGGCGAUACCAGCAACUUCGAUGACUAUGAAGAAGAAGAAAUCCGUGUGUCUAUAACAGAAAAAUGUGGAAAGGAAUUUUGUGAAUUUUAGGGAGGAGAAAGAUUGCCCCGAGCUCACACUCAGUCCUUGCACGCUGUGGAGGUGGAAGGUGGAGCCAGCCGAGACCUGCUUGUUGGAGCGGGUUCCAAUCCCUUCAUUCCAGCAACUGCGUGAGGUCUUUCCUGCGUCAUCAGUGUGCGCUCUGCAACCACCUGUGUACCCAGGCACCGCUCCGCAGCAUCGUGUGUGCCGUAACUCGGUGUACACCGCGUCCUCCUGGUUUGGUUUUUCUCCACCCUCCUACAUCCUUCUCAUUCACUUCUCUGACCAGUGCUCCUUUAGUUCCUUGGUGUUUCAGAUGGGCAGUGUUAUGGCUGUGUGAUAUUUAAAAGGAAAGCUACAUGUUGCUUUUUGUAGUUUUGAGCGAUAUUUUUGCUGACCAGUGGCUUGAAGAUAAACUCUCUAAUGAUUAUUUUUAUUUGAGUAGCUUGGACUCAGUUUUGCCAAAACUCUUAGUAAUUUUGAAGAUGGAAUGUCUUACCAGCACGAGAAUUUGCAUAAAUGAAGAUAACUUUUCAGGGGUCACUGAUGUAGCAGUAAGUCAGAGCACCUAGACGGGCAGUAGGAUUCCUGGACAAGAGGCUUUGUUCCCCUUGGCCUUCUAAUAGUCUUCUCUCCAUGAGACAUUAAGUGACCAGACAGAUGCCUCAUUUGUCAGGAAAAGUGAGCGACGUGGCUCCUCCCCCCAGCUGUCUCCCUUGGUACCACGUCUCUGGGUUAGGAGAGAGGUCUAAGGUUUCUAAGCCUUCGCUUUUCCGUGGGGGCUUUAGCCAGUAUUUCAGGAAAGUGUGACUGAUAAGUGACACUUUGUGAGAUUUCUCAGACAGUCCUCAUCGGUGGGUUCUCGAGGGAAAUGAGCAGACAUGGACUUGGAUAAAUGCUAAGUCAGCAGAAGCCUGGAUCCCUGCUUGCAGCUUAAAGGUUCUCUCCUUAAAGAGAACUUUGCUGUUUGCUUUGGUUGGUAACAGGUAAGAACAAAAGCAAAGCAGUUGGUAUUGCUUCCUCUUCUGAGGGAAGAAGACGGCACUGUUGCAGCCUUGACUGACUGACGUGUUUCCCUGCCUGGCCAGUGACAGGAGAACGCAAAGCUUAAGAAACUGCCACAUUUGUAUUUAAUUUUGAGGUGUGAUAUCUUUAAGUACGUCAGGAUUGCUAACCUUUCUCCUUCAUACACAGAGUAUAUGAUCAUGCAGAUACAGUUUUCAUACUUGCUUUUCCUUAAGUUUUCUAUACUUUUUGCCAAUUGACUUAACAAUGUUGCCAUCAUGAGGGGAUUUCAAGCACUCUUGCACAUUUAUUUAGUUCAGUGUUCCUUUGUGAAUAAAUGGCUUAACUUUGUUUUUACUAUCUUUUCAUUACUUUUAAUUUUCUCAUCUCACUUUAUCUCUGUAUCAGUGACCUACCUUAAAUAAUCCGCUCACCUAAAUAGUCUAAAAUAUUCAUUUCAUGAUCGAUCUCCAAGGAUCUAAGAUUAGUUUAGGUCAAACAAACCCCGAUGUAUAUAGAGCCUCUCUAUCUGCCUCCUUGCUGGUGCAGGUAGGUCAUUGACAGCACUCAUGAUCCUCUGCACACACACACACACCCUCACUGAACCCUUCAUAUGCACACACACACCCACCAAACCCUUGAAGACAUUAAAAGUCCUAGCUGAGACCUUCUCUCCUCCUGUCUGCAUGUGUUUUGGUUGUCAGGUGUUUCUGCAUGACAAUGUCCCACAAGAACAAAUAAUGAUUUCAGUCGGCCCACCUGUAUUUAAAAUGUGCAAGAAAAAUUGAAAUACUCUGCUGUAGCAAGUUUUAUGUAACAAAGAUAUAUCAUCGUGUUAAUAAAUUAAAAGCAUCAUUUGUAUAAAAUACUUUAUUUACUUUUUUAUUUCAUUUAAACCCAAGAACAUGCUAAUCAUGUGUUCUAUGUAUGCUACAAAUUCUCUGGUAGCGUUGUUGUAUAUUAUUGUAAAAUUAUUUGAAUAAAUUGUGGGGAUGACAAUUUGAUUAUUAUAAUUUAGUUUUCAAAAAUUGAACAGAUUUCUAUGAAUCCUAAAAAUAUUUUUUUCUAUAAAAUUAUUAGUACCCAGCUAGAAUCUGCCCAGGUGGAUGACUCCUAGGCAUCUGUUGGUUUCUGGGGCUUCUCAGCCAUUCCAUUUUACCGUCUCUGUUUGAAGUACAUGAGCAAGCCAUCAGCUGUGUCAAGGGGUCUAUUUCUGACUAAUCAAGUACAUUAAAUUGGAAUAUUUUUAACAUGCCUAAAAUUUCCAUUUUUAGCCACCGCUGAAAAGAUUUUCUUUAAAAACUUGAAAUAGUACAUUGGUGGCAAAAUCCAGUAUUUUAUUCAAAUUAUAUUAUGUAAGACAGAAGAAAUGGUGUUUUGCCCAGUAAAUCAAGAAAUGGCAUUGAGUAGGACGGAGCCCUAGACAGAGAGGGAAGCUUUGCUGGAGUGGCAUCAAGUGCAGACAGGGAGCAGGAACAGGCACUUUGUGGGAUCCUCUGAUUCCCCAAGUUAGGUCAGGGUUCCCUCCUUAGCUAAUAUUCCCAAGGGACAUCAUGCUUCUGUACAGUGACACAUUUCUGUGCAUCCUCCUCUUACCUCUGACAAUGUGCUGAAAAUCCUUCGACUAUCAUAAAGGCCUUGUCUGUGCCAUCCCUUACUCCCUCACUGACGCUAAAUAUACACUUGAUAUCAAACUGUCAGCCUACCAAAAAGAUGCCGUGGCUUAUGGGUAUUGCUGUCUUGUUCUUGGUAUGUACCUGUACUGAUUGCCCCUUGGUCUUUAAAAAAAAAAAAAAAAGCUCAUUGUAAGCCUAAAAAUAGCUGACUAUCUUUUCCCACUGACUGUUUUUCUUUCCUUCUGCUUGUUGUAAGAAUCAAAUGAAAUAAUGUAUAUGUAAAGGCACCUUGUAAACUGUAAGCUUUCAAUGUAAGCCGUAAGGUGUGUUAUUUCAUUAAUUAGUUCUUCGUUUAGAGUGCAGUUUCCUAUGCGCUAUUAUAGCUAGGAAAUGCUGAAAAUGUGUUUUUUAAUUCAUCAAUAACCGCAAAAUUAAAAGUAUCUUCAAAGGA